AUGCCAUCUUUAAUAUUGUCAACUCAUCCAUUUACACGUAAUGUAUCAUGUCCAACACAAGAUACAUUAUCAUCAAGUAGAAAUAUAUUAGUAAAUAAAAAAUAUAGUUCAUCAACAAAUACAUUACAUUAUUAUUUUCAUUCAAGAAAUAAUUCAGAUAUAUCAAUACAAGAAAAUAAUUCAAAUUUAGUUGAAAAAUUUAAAAUAAAUUUUAUAAAUUUUUUUAAAACAACAAAUAUAAAUGAAAAUGAUUUUCAACAAAAUGAUUUUCAACAAUCAACAUUUAUAUAUGAUCCUGAAAUUGAUUUAUCUGAAGAAUAUA